GUCAUCCUAACAAGACCGUUAUGAAUAGAGGGGCUCCUUUUGUUUGGCCCCUGUCGAGCAGCGCUAUAAAUACUGAGUCCUGUGAUGCGACUCCACAGAUCGAGAGAGUUCAUCAGCGAGAGAGAUCAAAACCAGGCGACACGGCCUCGGUCGACAGAGAGGGAGAGAGAGAGACACAGACACAUACAGAGAGAGAGAGAGAAGAGCAAACCAGGCGACACGGCCUCGGUCGACAGAGAGAGAGACACAGACACACACACAGAGAGAGAGAGAGAGGCUCCGGUGGGAUAAAUCAGGUGAUCAAGCAGGAGUGACUUGAAAUAAAAACAAGACAAGAGAAAGACAACCUCCUACACAAGCUCAGACAUAAAAUGAAUUCGGACUCGAGCUCCAGCAGAGCCUCCUCUCCAGACAUGGAUGAGAUGUUCCUCCGCGAACACCACCUCCUCCACCCGCAGGACGCGCGCCUGAACUCCGUGUCCUCCACGCAGAACGAGCUGCUCCAGAAGAUGACCAGCGAACACCUGUCCAAAUCUCCCUCCGGCAGCAAGUACAAGCUGAAGAAGCAAGUGACCGAGCAGGAGGUCCAGCAACUGCGCCUGAAGAUCAACGGGCGCGAGCGCAAGCGCAUGCACGACCUGAACCUGGCGAUGGACGGGCUCCGGGAGGUCAUGCCGUACGCGCACGGGCCGUCCGUGAGGAAGCUCUCCAAGAUCGCCACUCUCCUGCUGGCCAGAAACUACAUCUUAAUGCUGACCAGCUCCCUGGACGAGAUGAAGCGGCUGGUGGGCGAGAUUUACGGAGGACAUCACUCGGCGUUUCACUGCGGGACGGUGAGCCACGGCGGCGCGCAUUCCGCGAGCACGGCACACCAGGUGCAUCACCCGCUCCUCGGGAGCGCGCUGUCCUCUUCCACCUCCUCGACGCUUUCGACCAGUUUACCGGGACUUACAUCCAUUAGGGCCCCGCACUCUCUGAUGAAGAGCACCCCUGCACCCCCUCUGCACCUCGGGGGCAGUUUCCAGCACUGGUCGGGCCUGCCGUGCCCCUGCACUAUCUGCCAGGUGCCUCCACCCCCUCACCUGCCCAUCACCUCCACGGGACUCACGAGGCUUUCCACGGAAAACAAGGACGUGAUGAAGUGAAGUGUGCAUUGUGGACUGGACUUUGCAUGAUCUGUCUGUCUGUCUGUUUGUUUGUUUGAUUGUUUUAGCCCUUACAAAUACACUACUUCGUCCUUGUAACAAGGAUCUCAUUGAUUGCUUUGUAAGGUAGCUCACAGUUAUGGAGUAUGUGCUGCAUAACGCACUGUAAAUAAUGUCAGGGGCCGCGCGAGGCUCCGUGUACAUUCACUGUAAAUGAGAGUAAAUUGUUCUAUUCGAAACGGAAUCGUAUGUGUUUGAAGUUGCCCUGGAAACGCGAGCACUCCCCUUGCGCGAGCUUACUUUGGUAACCAUAUUGUGCGCCAAA